AUGGCAUCAGAGCACGAUGAUCCUCAAAAAAUCGAAUCGGAGAAGAAAUCACAUACUUCAUAUAAUGACAAAAACUCAUUAGUCGUUACACCAAGCUCGCCAUACUACGUUAGUUCCUUAGAUAACCCAGGAACACCCCUAGUAGCAGCCUUGCUCAAUGGCAGAAACUACAAAAUAUGGCCGCGUUCAAUGAAGAUGGUACUCUGUGCAAAGAUGAAACUGGGUUUCGUUGAUAGAACAAUCACAAAUCCAGGAAAGCAGAAUGCAGAUUACCAAAAAUGGGAGGGAGCAGAUUCCAUGGUGAUGGUGUGGAUCAUAAACACGACAAAUCUAAAACUCCAUGGAAGUAUCUCGCAUGCAGCCAUUGCAAGGGACAUCUGGCUGGAUCUCGAAGAACGUUUUGCUUUAGCAGAUGCACCUAGGAUUCACCAAUUGUGGCGCAAUCUGUGUCUGAUGCAGAAGAAUGAUGAUUUGGAUGUGACUGAAUUUUACACUCAAUUCAAAAGCAUAUUUGAUGAAUUAAAUGAGCUUCAACCGCUGCCAUCUUGUACAUGUGGAGCUUUUAAAGAAUUGAUGAAAAGAGAAGAAGAACAACGACUCCUUCUAUUUCUAGGAGGUCUAGACAGUGAGUAA